UUAUUCGAACAGCUUGAUAAUAAACUUGUAACGGAUUAUAUAGGUAUUAUGAAGUCUGCAUGUUUGCAUCUUGAAAUUCCUAAAUUUCCUGAGGAUGAUGAAGAAGAAAUUGAAGACGUUAUACCUCUCGAAGAUGAUAUGUUUGCCAUAUUACUUUUAUAUAAGGCCGUUCAAA